UAUAAAAUAGGGCAAUAAACUUUAUUGUUAAACUCUUUUCAGCCUUUCUCUCUCUCCUUGUGGUUAGAAUUCAAAAUGUGGUUAUCCACUUUCUCAACUACACUGGCAGUUGCUGUUUCAGUUCCUUCCUCUCUUAUUCCACAGGAUUUCAUCAUGAGAAAGUCUAAAUUGAAGAGAAAUGUGAAGAUCUCAAGAAAUUUUGAAUUUGCGAUCAGUUGUUCCGGCGAUAAAGCUGCUUCAAUUGGGUUUGAUGUGUCAUUCCCUAAGGACUACACGGAAUUACUUCAACAAGCUAAAGAAGCAACUGAAUUGGCAUUGAAGAACAACAGACAACUGAUGGAAAUUGAAUUUCCAACUGCUGGAUUGGGUUCUGUACCAGGUGACGGUGAGGGUGGAACAGAAAUGACUGGAAGUAUGCAACUAAUACGUGAGUUCUGUGAUCUCUUGAUUAUACCGGAGAAAGCCACAAAGACCAGAAUUUUUUUCCCGGAGGCUAAUGAAGUGAAAUUUGCAAGACAAUCAAUUUUUGGAGGAGCAUCUUUUAAGUUGGACUAUUUGACAAAGCCUUCUUUUUUCGAGGAUUUCGGUUUCGCCGAAAAGGUCAAAAUGGUUGACCGUGUCAAGCCAGAAGAUGAACUUUUUAUAGUCGCCUAUCCAUAUUUUAAUGUCAAUGAGAUGCUUGUCGUGGAAGAGCUAUACAAAGCAGCAGUGUCCAACACUUCUAGGAAACUGAUUAUAUUCAACGGAGAGCUUGAUCGAAUAAGAUCUGGCUAUUAUCCACCAUUCUUCUAUCCGAAGCUAGCUGCACUAUCCAAGACUCUUUUUCCUGAAAUGGAGACGGUAUAUUAUAUUCACAAUUUUAAAGGACUAAAUGGAGGAGUCCUGUUCAGGUGUUACCCUGGCCCUUGGAAAGUUUUCCGAAGAGUAGGAAGUACCUACAUCUGCUUGCAUCAACAGGAAUCAAUGCCAUCCUUGAAAGAAGUUGCUUUGGACAUCCUUCCAUCAGUUUGAUUGUUUUAGUUUAUAAAUUACACUGCGAAAAGUGUUCAGUUUGCCUUCUUUCUCCUGUAAUUUUAAGGAAGAAAAACUUUUGAUAUCUGUGUUCUUUUGUGACCUAUGUUAUUGCAGAAUUCUUAUAUCAUGCAUUAUCCAAAUUC